AUGCUCGGCUCUCAGCGACGUGCAGGGCGCAGUUCUGGCAACCGCCGUCCACCACCAUCUCGACACGAUGAGCAAGACUCGGUUGACCUCCCGCCGUAUGAACCGCCGAAAUGCCCUCUCACCGACGACAUCAAGCGCCAACUGAAGGAGCUCUCCACAAGUCGCAUCAACGAUACAUACGAGAAGCACACGGCCGAAUCCACCAAGCUUCUUAGCACCACCGUAUACGCCAUCAACGAGCGAGUGACCCACCGCAAGAGGACUGCCGCGCAGAAUGCAGAAAGGGCCGCCAAGAGGAAGCACAGCAACGAUGACGCCGAGGGUGAUGAUGAGGGCGCAGCCGCCGAAAGAGCAGAGGGCGCGGUACAGGAGCUGGAGGGGGAAGUCUCCGAGCUGGCCACCCUGAUCGAGGAGGCCAUGAGGGGCGCCCUCGACAUGCAGGCCGCGCUAGAGGACGAGAAGAGCGUUUUGAGAGACCUGCCCGACAUGGUCGCAGACCGACAGCGGAUCGCGUUGGAACUCGCACAGCAGGACCGGGAAGCCGAUGAGGGAGACCCUGAACCCCCUGAGGUCUCAGGAGUCCCCAUAUUCCACGUUUUCGAGAAGGCGCGCGAUGCUAAAGCAGCGGAGUAUGACAAGUUGCCCCCUUACGAGAAGUACGCGCGCAACAACAGCUACAUCGACUUCAAGCAGUCGUGGCAUGAGGGGCUGUACGAGAACCCGGACGAUAUACCGCUGCCGGAUGCCACCAAGUGGUUCGACCGGGACGGCCGCCCGAGACUCGAGACUCGCAAGGACGAGCGGCAGGGCGGGGCUGACGCGGAUGAGGAAGACGGUGACGAGGACGAUGAGAUACAGAUCGCACGCGAGAAGAGGAGCUUCAGAUGCCCGUUGACGCUCAGUGUCAUGCGGGAGCCCUACACGUGCAGGCUUUGCAAGCACUCAUUUGAGAAAGACUCUAUCAUGGAGUACCUUGGCGGAGGAAAUGGGAGGGGUCGAGUUGCGAAGUGCCCAGAGGCUGGGUGCCAUGUUGAGGCCAUGACGGCGCAAGAUCUUUACUUCGACGAGGCGUUGCUGCGCAGGAUCAAGCGCGCCGAGCAGGCGGAAAGGGAAGCGGCGGAGCGAUCCUCGGAUCAAGAGGACGAGGACGAAGAGGAGGGAAGCAUGGAUGCUUCGCAUGUCAGCCGUGCAAGCGCGAGGCGAAGAGUCAAAGCAGAGCCGGGGGGAGACGAUGAGGAUCAAGCUGAUGAUGAUGGUUCAGUCUGA